UGUAGCCUCAAGUGCAAAUCCUCCACGAUGGCGGCGCUUUUCGCGCUGGCGAUCGUCUUCCUCAACCCGAAGAACGAGAUUCCCGAGUGCUCGUACGAUGCAGCCGCGAUGCUUCGGCGCGUUGGCAUCCCCGACGUCCGCGUCGUGUCCAUGGAAGCCAUUCCCAAGGCGCUGGCUGUAGCAGACCCGGUGACAACCUUGUACGUUCAGCCCGGCGGCGGCGACGACGUCGACACGUCGUUUGCAACCUUUUUUGCCAACAACCGGAAGCUCCGGCCCUCCGUGCAGCGCUUCGUGGCCGACGGCGGCGUGUACUUGGGCAUCUGCCUUGGCGCCUAUGCGGCCGGCGUCGAGCAGUUCGACUUGGUCCGGGACAAGGACCAUGACCCGUUCUUUAGCUUUGACGAGCUCGACGACGACGAAGCGCGGAUCGUCCCAGUCGAGAUCAACAACAUGCGCUAUAGUACGUACCACCAAGGCGGUCCCGACUUGACACCGAUGCUCGACGUUGGUGCCGAGCGGUUUGGGGCGUACGUCGGCCGACAUGGCGCGCCUGUCGGUGUUAUCCUUCCAUACUGGAAAAACCAACGGGGCACGAUCGGGCUCUUGAGUCCGCAUUUUGAAGCAACCAACGAGUGGGAUGAUGCCGAGCAUGGGCGUCGCGCCGGCGACUGCGCAGUGCCAGCCCUCGCCUUUGUCGCGCAGCUGGCGGCCGCUGCGUCCCGGCACCGCAACGCUGCCACGUGCAAAAGCCCGCUGCCCUUCUGCUUGCAAUAGCGCGACGCUGUAUCCGUUCGUCCCAAGGAUCCAGAAAACGAAUCUUUGCCAGUAAUUUUCGGCAUUACUCUUGGCCGCUUCUAUUAGCUGCGUCCUCUGUCCAUACAGUGUAUCAUGCAGCACAGUAAUUGCACUGUAUUCGCCACGCCAGCAUUUGUUGUUGCUGGUAACCAUCCCAAC